AUAGCAACUGCCGCGGAUAUCGCGCAAGAGAACAUUAUAGUUUACUAUUUUCUAACAUAAAGAUUAUAAAUGUUAUUUUUUUCAAAAUUGCAUAAAUAAUUUGUUUGUUAUAACAAUGUGAUAUAAAUACAUAUUUUUUUUUUAAUUUUAAAAUUUUUCUUAAACUAGGUACAGUUGUAAAUGGUGGUGUUGUGUACAAAACUUUGACUUUUUUAUAUUGCAUGUCAUAUAGUAAGCGUUGGAGUUUUUUUUGAAUAUUUGAUUUUUUUUUGAAGAGAGACAUGAUAUAUAUAUAAACACAUUUCUACAAUCUCAUCGUACACAACUAGAUAUAAAAAAUACUAUUUCUGCACAGUGUUAUCAGUGUUAUCAAUGUUUGUGUUUUGAGCAAACGAAGAUUUAGCACGUGCUUUAAUCGCAAAGGUUUUUACAAAUAUGCCAACAGUGUGCUGCAGGAACGGUUCUCUAUAAGUAAGCAACGUUUUCUUUGCUCUAUACGGUUUUGAUAUUUGGUGACAUAGAAAGCCUGAGAAAUGUCUACGAGAGAGCUGCCGCAAGAACGAACGUGGGUAGCAUGUGUGGGCGACUUCGCGAUUCUGAAAGAAUACCUCGCACAAAAGAAGCAGCCCGUUUGGCGCAUAGUGCAAUUUCUUCAUACAUUUCUUUGUGGAUUUGGACAGAUUGUUUUCUCAAAUAAUCCUAUCAGCGGGCUGCUGUUAAUAAUCACUCUGGCCGUGGUAACGCCAGGCACAUUGGCGUUGUCUGCAUCCACUGCCGGCCUUGGCCUCCUGCUGUCCGUGGUAUGUUUUAAUAUUAAUUACAAGCCGCUCGGUGUCAAGCAUCGUCCGUUUUUACCGGAAAAGAUUAUACAAGAACCCCAAGUUAUCGUAGAAAACGGAUUAAGCGUGUUCAAUCCUCUCCUAGUCGGCGCGGUAUCGUAUAGUCUGAUACCGCAGAUUUACGGAGCCUUCGAUAUCUUCAGCGUGCCACUUGUGCUUCUGGCGGCGGUACUCAGUGUUUAUCUCGCGCGGUCCCUGAGAAGCGAUAAAUUCUCCUGCACAGCCUGGCCAUUUAACCUUGUGGAGUACAUGUUGAUUUUCGUCCUUUUGGGUCAAAACCGCGCGAAUGUGCUGACCGAGUCUGCGAAACAAAUGUUUGAGAGGCACAAUGCAACAAGUGAGACGAUGACGACGACGAUGACGACGAUGAGCGACGCUGGUUUCUACAAGCGGAACGCGUCCGACGUUUACAUCAACUGGGGAAAGGUAUUUCGAGGUAGCGUUGUUUCUGCCUCGCAGCUGUUUUUUAUCGAUGACGUAAUAGUCGGAUGCGUCAUGUAUCUGGCAAUGAUAAUAUACUCACCGGUGACAACCGCGUUUUCGUUUUUCGGUGCUCUUUGCGGAACCGUAACAGGCUUGGAACUCGGAGCAGACUACGGCGAGGUCUACAGCGGACUGUGGGGAUACAACAGUCUCUUAACCGGAGCUGCUUUGGGCGGAAAUCUCUUGAUUCUGAACGGGCAGACCGCUAUUGCCACCGUCUUGGCGAUCAUUUAUACUUCGCUGCUGCAGUACAGCUUACGAUCGAUAUUUAUGAAACAGUUACCGGUAUUGACGUUACCGUUCGUGAUAGCAAUUUCGUUGUUUCUAAAACUGAGCGGCGGCAAGAAUGAUCCAACGUUUCCGUGGCCCGUAUCGAUCACCUUCCCCGAGAAAGCGCGUCACGAUUAUCUCGCGCGACGCACGGUAUUUCGAGCGGAUAACACUCCGGAAGAACUUGAGCUUGUAAUUCAGAAGCCAAAGGAUUCAACUCAGGAUUCAUAAUUACUGACUCGUUUCAGUGAGUGACGCGCGUUAUAAUUACGGUUUAUACUAUUUACGUAGGAGAUAAUUUUGAACACAUUUCGUGUACCGUUUUAAUAACUUAAAAAACUUACGUUUUUUAAAUAUUUUUAAAUAUUCAUAUAAACAUAUUUUUACGAGU